UUCUUCAGUAUUCUUAAGAACUUUCUCAAAUAUACUAGUGAUUACUCCCUGGAAUUACGGUUUAUGUUUAACUAACUAAAAUGAAUGACAAUGUAAAAGCAAUUAGAAUACCUUUGGAAAUAUGUACUAAGGCCACAGACAUAUAUAAAAAGAAACUGCACUGCCAUUCACAUAUGGCGACAUAUCUGAGGGAUUAACACAAAGUCAACUGAAGCACGUUGAGAGUAUUUUUAACAAAGCACAAUUUGAAAAUGAUAAACAGCCGUUUUUAAAGGAGACAAACUCUUUAUAUAAUUUAGGGGAGACAGCAAUGAUUCAAGAUGUAUAUUUAAAAAAGAAAAUUGUCAACAAAGAAAAGCUUCAACAAAGCAGUGUCAAUUUAAUUAAUAAAAACAAACAGAUAGGGAAACGUGGGCUUCUCUCAGAGAACAAAUUAAACAAUAAUAUAGUGCGAAGUGGAAACUAUACUCGUAAGUUAUCCGAAAAUGUCCAUAACAGGAUAAUUUUGGAACAAAAUGAAAUUAGUAAUGAGUUAUUAAAUACAUCACAUAACGAUUUAAAUUUUAAUAGAUGGAAUUCAAAAGAUCAACCUAUCACAGAAACUAAGGAUCUAAAAAGGUGUCAAACACCUAGUUUCCCAUGUGAGGAAUUCGCAAACUUUUCAAAUCGUUCGAUUAGCYCCUCUCCAACGUUCAGCCCACAAAUUUGUAGUACCAAUGUAAAAAAUAAAAAAGAAUACAAAAUAGUAACGGAAAAUAUCACAAACACAAAUACAAAUUUUGCAAAAUUUGCUAAAGAUACAUCAAACUUUUGGUAUAAACCACAUAUUACAAGAGAAGAAGCAUUAAUAAUUCUGGGCAAUGCUAAGCCAGGAUCAUUCAUCUUACGUAAUUCAACUACAUAUAAAAAUUCGUUCGGUCUAGUGCUUCGUGUUUCACGGCCACCCGUAAACUUAGCUGUAGUAACUGAUAACAGUGAGCUCGUGCGCCAUUAUUUGUUAGAGCGAACUACUUGCGGCGUAAGAUUAAAGGGUUACCAUAACGAACCAGUUUUCACUUCUCUCUCCUCCUUUGUUUAUCAACACACUGUAGAUAAAUUGGCACUGCCAUGUAAAUUAAUUAUUCCAAAAACGGAUUUCUCUUUAUCAUCUGGACAAGCUAAUUUAAGGUUAGUUCAAGAACAAUUGUUAGCACAAGGAGCAGCUUGUAAUGUUCUUUACUUGUUUAAUUAUAACACGGAAUCACUCACUGGAGAUGAAGCUAUACGGAAAGCAUCAAAUGAAAUGUUUCUCCAAUUCAAGUAUUUAAAACCCUAUGAAGUCCACUUCAAAGUGUCUAAAUAUGGUAUUACGUUAACGGAUAAUAAACGUUUAUUCUUUUUUCGUCGCCACUACUCUGUCCAAAAUAUUUCUUAUUUCGGUCUUGAAUCAGAAAAUAGGCUGUGGAAGAUUUCGCAUGGUGAUUCCGAAGAUAUGUUUAGAGCUAUAUUUGCUUUUGUAGCACGUUCGUUGGCUGGUGGAAAGGACAAUCAAUGCCAUAUUUUCUGCGAUCUUUCUGUAAAACAGCCUGCGUCCGCAAUAAUUUCAUUCGCCCAGAAGAUAUUACCAUUGACUAUACUUGGUAAUAAAAUAAUAUGAAAAAUAAAAAAAGAUAUUUUUCAUAGUAGAAAAUAAAAAAAG